GAAAUCCUGGCAUUGUUGUCCCUUGAUCGUCAUCUCUACCACGUACUUAAAAAGACUCCGGAGACAAUGAUGCUUGGCCCGCGGCGGCUAUUUGAAAAUUAUCGAUCUUAAUCCUCUAUGUGUGGGGAUAACGAUUCAACGUGAAAAGAGGCAGCACUGUAUCUGAUAAGAUUGAGGUCGCCAAGAUGUUCGAGUGCGUGUUUGGACGCGUACGACAUGAUAUCGAUCUCGAGUUUCACAUGCAACCAACCGAGCCACAGAACAGACGCGUGCUAUCAAGGUGGAAGAUGAUUGUGGUCCAAGAGAGGUCUUAUUCCCCUCGAAAAUGUGUCGUGUGUCCAAUUGCCGCAUGGGAAAGGUGACGUUGCUGCCAAGCACAAACAAGACGGAAACAAGACCGGCAAAACGCGGCUUCCACUUUGCAUGGCCGAAAGAGGAGGACAUUACUCAAGCGCGACACCACCAUCGUGAGAAAAGUUUGGAGAAAAAGCCGUCACACCUCGAUAUCUUGCGGCUUGGUGACGAUGUCGAAUCACGUGCACAGGAGAUUAUUCCUACAACAAAAAGACUUCUUGCCAACAUUCAGAAUGUUAGAAGCACAAUAGCGCAGACCGUGGAACUUUCGUCGGCUUGUUUUCAGAAUGCUAUCAGACCCCUGAUUGACAUCGAAAAUUCGACCCAAUGCGAGCUCGGUAUGAUAGCUAUGCUUCGAUACGCAUCGCCAGAGGACGAAGCUCGCAAUGCCUCAGUACUGGCCUGUCAGCUUAUGCGCGAAAGCUCGGCAGAGCUUGUCGCGAGGGGAGACUUGUAUCGCACAUUCAAAAAAGUUCAUGAUAGACAGGAAGCGCUUGAUCAUGAAUCGACCAAAUACUUGAAUCAGCUGAUUAAGGAUUACACUAGAUGCGGACACGGUCUACUCGACAAUGACCAAAUUCAGCUCUACCUCGAUAAGAGAAAUGCGAUUGACAACAUGAGAUCCAAAUUCAACAAGAGCAUCAGAGAUGAAGAGAGCGGAUUAUGGUUCUGCCUCGAAGAACUCGACGGAGUGCCUCAGCAUGAGCUCGCUCGAUUCGCCAAGCAGGUUGAACCACAAGAAGCUCGAUUGAGAUUUGUCCGUAACCGUAAAGCGGACAGUCAAGUUGUCUUGGAGUACGCGAGGAACCCUGCAACACGUAAGAAGAUGUAUGUCUCUAGCGCGUGCAAGCUUCCUGAAAAUGUGGAAUUGUUGGAGGAGAUUGCGAAGCGUAGACACGAAAAUGCAUGUCGUCUUGGAUACGCCAGCCACGCCGCCUUCCGACUGGAGACCAAAGUUGCUAAAACCCCUGAGUUUGUGGAAGAAUCGUUCGAGAAACUGGAGCAAGCCUUGUUUCCACAAGCAUAUCAGGAACAGCAAGUGAUCUGGGAAAGGAAGAAAUCUUACAUCCACGACAACAACGACCUGACUGAUGAAGACGAAGACACGUUGAACCCAUGGAACACUGCGUUCUACAAUCGACUCGCGAAGGAAGAUAUGCGAGUACACCAGGAGAAAGUAUCAGAAUACUUUCCACUACGUCACACUGUCUUGGCUAUGCUGGAAGUUUUCUCUUCGUGUCUACAGCUUCGAUUUGAACAUCUAUCCCAAGAUUAUGUACAUAGUUCCAUAUGGCACGAGGACGUCGAGGUAUGGGGGGUAUGGGACGAAAGAGAGGCUUCGAUUGGUGAGUUUGUUGGCUACUUGUACACCGAUCUGUUGUCACGGCCAAACAAACACCAAGGCAAUCAAAACGUGGAUAUACAGCGUGGAUACCUUAAGGAAGAUGGAACAAGGGUAAAGCCGGCAACAGUACUCAUGUGUAGCUUUCAAGCUCAGACUGCAACUGGAUGUCCGUUACUGAGUCACGAUAACUUGAUCAGCUUGUUCCAUGAACUGGGUCAUGGAAUCCAUGACCUCCUUUCAAGGACCUCUUACGUUCGCUUCCAUGGUUGGAGCGGGCCAGCUGACUUUGCUGAAGCUCCAAGUAUUAUGCUGGAAAACUGGUGCUGGAUCGGCGAUGAAUUGAAGAGGAUGAGUUGCCACUAUACGCGAGUUGAUCCUCAGCACGCACAGCAGUGGAAAGAGGACCAUCAAGGCGAACACCUUCCACCUAAAGAGAUACCCGACGAGCUAUUGCACAAUCUCACACGAAGUCGUGACUUCAACCGAGCGUCUUGGUAUAUGCGCCAGCUUGCAUUUGCUCGCUUCGACAUGGCGCUUCAUAAUGGUGCUAGUCAUCAAGAUGGGCAGGCGUUCGACUCAACCGCCACAUACCACGAUCUGAUGGAGCGAUACCUUCUCGUAAAAACCCCAGACCCUUCGUCUCGUGGGCACCCUCAAGCCGACUUUGGGCAUCUCUGUGCCGGAUAUGACGCAGGAUAUUACUCGUAUCUUUGUGCAGGAGUCUUUGCAGCGGACAUGUUCCAAACCAAUUUCGCAACCGCUCCGCGUGAUCGUUUGGCUUGGGAUCGAUAUCGUCGCGAGAUUCUUGAGCCCGGUUCGAGUCGCGACGAAUUGGAAAUGCUGGAGAGCUUUUUGGGCCAUCGUCCCAACCCUCAACGACUACUUGGAGGAUUGAGAUCAACACCUUGAUUGGCAACAUCUGUUUAGAUAGAAUUAUGCGAAGAAUCUAGGGGCGAAGGGCGUU